UGUAAUCGCCUUCACGUGGAUUUGUUGUAAACUUUGUGUAUCAUAAAUGUGUACAAGCCUUAUUUUUGCAAAAAAUACUUUUAUUUGACUUUAGUAAGACAUGAAAAAUAUGACAAUAUCUUUAUAAGAGUAGUGUUGUCUUCUGAGUUCAAUGGAGAAUGUUAAUCGAUUUUACUUCACGAAGGAUCAGUUGGCUAAUUCGCCUAGUCGAAAAUGUGGUAUCGACCAAGCUAAAGAAUUGUCAUAUAGGCAACAAGCAGCCAAUUUCAUACAAGAUAUGGGUCAACGUUUACAUGUCUCUCAGCUGUGCAUUAAUACUGCAAUUGUGUAUAUGCAUAGGUUUUAUCUGUACCACUCAUUUACGGAUGUCCAUAGGAAUAGUCUAUCCAUUGCUGCUUUAUUCCUAGGAGCAAAAAUUGAAGAACAGCCUAGGAAAUUAGAACAUGUUAUAAAAGUUGCUCAUGUCUGCCUUCAUAAAGAUGCCCCACCAUUAGAUGUUAAAUCAGAGGCAUAUUUAGAAAAACAGUAUGAAGUAGUUGCUCUUGAAAAUAUUUUACUUCAAACUUUAGGAUUUCGUCUUGCAAUUGAACAUCCACACACUUAUGUUGUUAAAGUGUGCCAACUUGUCAAGGCUAGCCGAGAGCUCGCCCAAACCUCUUAUUUCAUGGCUACAACUAGUUUACACAUGACGACUAUGUGUCUACAAUAUGAACCACCUUUAGUAGCAUGUGUAUGCAUCCAUUUAGCUUGUAAAUGGUCUAGUUGGAAGAUUGAGCCUUGUUCUGAGGGAAAAGAAUGGUAUUAUUAUGUAGACAAAACAGUUACAUUAGAACGUCUUGAAACUUUAACACAAGAAUUCAUAGCAAUAUUGGAAACAAGUCCACAUCGUUUCAAGCGGAAAUUUAUCCAGCAGAAAGAUGCCCAUGGAUCUAAAGGCAUUUUGGAUGAAUCAUCUAAUCCUGGAAAACAUUCAUCUUUUUCAUCAGAAAGCAAGAUAGAUUUUUCAAGGAAAGAUUCUUCUCCGGGACCAUCAUCAAUUUCUUUCAACCUUUGUAGUGACACUGAUGAAAAGCCUGCUGUAAAAGUUGAAGGAACAGAAAAAUCUACUACUCCUCUUAUGCAACCUGCUCCACUUAAAAAGGAAAAGAUUAAAGUGGAACCUUCACAUUCCAUAUCUAUAGAAGCUUAUCGUGAAAAAAGGGAAAAAGAACGAUUGGAACAUAAAAGUUCUGUUGUGCCUCCUGAUUUAUCAUCUGUUCAUCAAACUGGAAAUAGUAAAUCACAGCAUGCCUUUAAUGAAAAUGAGAGGAUUCAUCAUAAGAGUGUUGUUAAACCAUCCGAGCUUCCUUCACAUUCUAAAGAAAAAGGAAGUAAAAGUAGUACUGUUAAAGAUAUUCUUACUAAUCCUACCUCACAGAACAAAUUGAAUCAUCAGUUGCCAAAAAUGAAUUCUGAUGCUUCUUAUGCUAAAGAUAAUAAGCAUUCUUUGGAUAGUGUGUCACGGAGUUCUGCUCAUGUAUCAAAUGAUCCUGUAGUUAUUUUAGAAAGAUGUGAUGCUAAAUCAGAAAUAAAAGAUGUAGCAGAUUCUGAUGUACGUGAUUCAGCCAUGCAUUCUUCGAAUGAUAAAUUAACUGUCAUGGACCAUACAGAUGAUGAUGUUCAAGAAAGUGCAUAUGAGCAGGAAGCUGCCCUUUCAGUAAAAAGGGUCAUUGAAUCUGCUCAUAAGAAAAAGCAUAAAGCAAAUUCUCUGCACAAUAGUCAAAAUGCUUUUCAACCAAUAUCUCAGGGUACCCCUCUGAAACAGAGCCCUGCAAAAGACAUUAAAACUAAUGGUUCCAAAGAAACUGAUGUGGAUGCUAGGGUUCAUACUCCUUUAGUUAAUGACGUUGGGAGUAAAAGUGCUGAAAUUUUACCAAGCAAACAUGAGCGGCGGGAAAAGCAUAGAAGCAAGCAUUCAGCUCAUUCAUCAAAAGACAAAUCUAUAAGCAAUCACUCUGAACAAAGUACUCCUGGAAUUAAAGUUAAAAUUCGUAAGGAUAUAAUUUGUCUUCCUGAAAAGCCUCCAGCUGUGGAUAAAAGUGAAAGUCCAAAAAAAGCUAUUAAGUUAAAAAUAAGACCUCAUUCUCAACCUACACCUGAGCCUCCUAAAAUAAAAACUGCCAAUCCUCCUCCUACUACUACUCCAAUUAAACUAGUGAUAACCAAAGAUAAAUCUGGAUCUGGCUCUUAUAGUACUUCUCAUAAAAAUGAACGUGAAUCUAGGAAACGUGUACAUAGUCCAGCCAACCAAGAUUCAAAUUCUAAAAAUUUCUAUGAGUCAUCAUCUAAGUAUGCUAAAGUUGACCACUCUCACAAAAGUCACAAUGCUGAUGGAUCCAUUGCUGUGCCUAAGCAAGGCAAAAUUUCCCGGCAUGGCAUUCAUCGUAGCAAUAUGAACACUCAACAAGCGUCAAAUGAUUUGAGUUCUGGGCGCUUGCAGCAUCAGGUGAAUGAUGCUACUGUGUAUAAUAAUGUUGAUGUUGGAAAUUAUGGAGAGCAGCCUUUUUAUCCUCAUUAUUAUCCUUACCAAGUUACUCCUCCUCCACCUCCACCUGUACUUAGAGGUCAUGGACUACCUGUGGGAAAAACAAACUCUAACCCUCCUCUCCCACCACCAUUACCUCCUCAGCCUCCACCUCCUCCUCCAGAAUAAAGGUGGACUAAUAUUUAGGAUGCCAAUAAACUGCUCUUGAAGUAACCAGAGUCAACAACUCCAUGUUUCAGUAACCAGAAACAUGCUUUUGUAUGGAUAUAUAUAUGUAUUAUGUUUAUAGAAUGUAUAUCAAAUACAGAUUAAAGAGGUAUGCUGCCUUUCCCCUUGAGAAAAUUUAAAAAUUGUUUUGCAGGCGAGACAAAUGUGCAGAUACUAUGCAUCACAUGUGAUGUGUGUAGUUAUUUAUCAUACUCAUCUUCAUUUCGUUUUCCCUGUUUUCAGUUUAUUCAUUUUAUCGCAUUAAUAGAAGUUUGUACCAUAGCAUUUUUUCUAUUAAUACCAGUCAAGCUUUGCAGGAGAAGUAUGAAAAUAUACAAUAUACGUAGUGUGUUACGUUUUUAUUCGUACCGAAAGUUAAUAAAACAUUUUAAACUUGUAUUGAAAGUUAAUGUAACAUUUAUCUAUCUCUCUCCUUUUUAAUGAAGUCAUCUGAUAUUUUUUUCAAUGUGAAUCCAUUGCAAGUUUCAAGAGUAUACCUCCUAUUUUGAAACAGACAUCACAUAAUUUGGUACCUGGAAUUAAUGCUAUGUAUAAAAUUGAGAGAAAAAUGUAUGCAUCGUACUGUCGUUUAAUAAUUUUGUGUUUGACAAAAUUAUACAUUACGGAUGUUUUAAGUUUUUCAUAAUUUUAUUAUUAAUGUAAUAUAAAAAAUUAUUUUCAUUUUGACUAAGCUAUAUAAAUAUAAAUUGCAUAAUAUAAAUACUUUGUAAAGGUUUUGCAUCUGAGUAUGAAUUUUUUUGCAUUUUUUAUUUUAAAUGAAAUUGGUACAUAAUAAACUGUAGGCUCUUGCACUGAAUUCUUUAUCAAGUAAAUUUUAGCCAUAUUUAAUUAAUAUUAAUUAAAGCAAUAUUUUGAUAUUGAAACAGUUUAUAAUAUUUUUUAAUAGCUGAAUUUAUUAUUAAACAUAAAAUACUGAUAUUAUUAAGUACUCUCAGUUUGUAAAAGUCCUUUCAAAAUAUUUUUAAAUAUCAAAUAAUAUAGUUCUUAUAGAAUUAUUUGUAUCUGAUUAUUUAUUACACAUGAUUUAUUGAUUAAAAGUUAACUUUAUAUUUGAAAUGUCUUUCCCUUCCAAAUGGAGAAUGACUAUUCUGCAUGAUUUUUGCAUCAGUUUACAGAGUAAAUAUGAAAUAAAGUAUAAAUUUAUUUUAUUAACAAUUUUUGAAGAUUUAGUGUUGAAAGUUAUUUGAAUACUUACAAAAUAAUUAACUAUUAUAGGUAUUCUUUUAUAAAGAAAUUUUAAUAAUUGGAAAUUCGGUUAAAGCAUAUUCCUCAGUUUACAAACUAGGAUUGUUAUGAAAAUUUGAUUUCAUAUUGAAUAUUUUAUGCAACAAAAUAACAUCUCUAUUAUAAAGAUUAAAAUUUCUUAUUAUUAAGUAUUUUUAUUUGUGUUUUAAAAACCUAAUAAUAGCAUAUUUUUUUAUAAAUUUUUUAAAUAGUUUUUUUAGAGCAUUUUAUGACACAAUUGUUAUUUUUAAUUGCUACUGAGAUUUUGCAUAGAAUUUAGUUGUGCUUAAUUCUGAUUUUGGAUUUUAAUCGAUGUGUCUAAAAUUUUAUACACACACACGCUCUCUCUUUUAUUUUUAAUGAAUGCAUGAUAAGCUCCAAGUUUUACAUCAUAGUGAAAUUAAAAUUUUUUGGGGGGUAGGAGAGGAGUAGCUCGCAAUAAGACCAAGGGUAAUAAUUACAUUGUUAGCAAAUAUCUUUUAAAAGAUUAUUUUAUUUGAAAAAUGAUGUAUUAUUUCCACAAUCACAGAAAUAUCAAAGAUUAGCAGUGAUAUAGCAUAAUAUGAACUGAUGUCCAGUAUAUGUUAGUCGUUAAAUGUUUCUGACUUUAAUUACGUUUUGUUAUUAAAGGCUGUUAUUAUUUGCAGCAGUAGAGCUUAUGAUGAAUUUAUUAGCAUCAGGUAAUUUCAUAAAAGGGAAUUUAAUAAUUUAAAAUGAAAAAUUAUUACGGUCAUGAGAAAUAAGCAUGGGGGGAAAAAUAUUGUAAUAGACAUUUUUUUAAUUAAUGUUGAAGUGAUCUUUCAUGUGAAUAUAAAGUAUUUGUCAGGCUUCUGGAAAUUUUUUCUGUGGACAAACUGGCUGUUUUUUGAUGUUAUAUAUAUAUAUAUAUAUAUAUAAGAAAGGUAAUCCAGGCCAAUUCUCCCUCCCCCCUUGUUUCAUGGUAAGCACAUUUUAAACAGACAUUGCUAAAAAUGAAGUACGAUACAAAGCCCAAGAUCUGGAAUUGUCGGGACUUCGUCAAUUUUGGAAAUUUCUGGAUUUUAGAUGAUCAGUUUACAACUAUUAAAAUGGCAUGCAUAAAUGAUACAAAUCUGAAGUAAUUGUUUAUGAAAUAAUGAAUCUUUAUGAUCUUGAAGAGAAUCAAAAUUUACAAAAAAAAAGCUCACUGUUUGUUUGUUUUAUUAAAUAUUUCUUUUAAUGUAAAUUAUUUAAACUGUUGCAUCUCUUGUGCUAAUAUUUUCUCUUUAAUUCUGUGUCAAGUUCAGUUACAAAAUUCCAUUGUUCAAGUCCUCUAGUUGUUGUGUCGAGAAUUCUAGCUAACUUGUCGAUUGAAAUGUUUUCGUUUUCAAUAACCUCUGUGUCAUUUUCUUCACUAUCGGUAGCAGUAUUUUUGGGAUUUAGAACCAUACUACAGUUUUUGCCAUUCAUUAAUUGAUUGGAAGUUUGUCAUCAUAAAGGAAACUUCUAUUAUAUCUUUUAAUUUUUAUCGCUUCUCCGCAUUUUUUUGUGAAUUUCAUUAAUUUGAAAAAUUUGCCUUCUAUACCAUUCAAAAUCUGUAAGGUGGUUGUUUUGCUCAAUUCUGAAAUCAUUUUACUUAAGCCCGAAUUAUGCCAUUUUCUCUUACCAAGUCUGAUAUAGAGGGCAAUUACCAAAUAUACUUUCACUUUGCAGAUCUUGAUACAGCUGCAGAAUUAGAAGCUCUUUCAACAUAAUAAAAAAUUCAAACUUAAGUUUUGCUAAGAUAGCUGUAAUAACAAUAGCUGGUUAAGAAAUAAUAACCUGAAUCAAAUUAGAAAUUAAAGAAAAGCACAAUUUGCUAUGUUAACUGAAGUUAAGUUCUUCGGAAUAUAAUUAUUUUUCUUUUCCCUGUUGCAAUGCCGACAAAAGAAAACCAAUAUGAGUAGCAUACCACACCAACCAGAUAUGUCUUGGAGAGCUUCACUUAUUGCUUGGAUCAGAUAAGAAAAUGUUACUACUUCACAACCAUUCAAGGUUUAAAUGCGUGGUCGUGGUUAACAUCAGUUAGUUUAUAGUUAUUGGCCAUGAUUUGGUUCCAUAGCCAGUACGUGUAUGAAAAUCGCAUACUGGAAUAUUAGUUAGUGUGGGGGGAUAACUUUCAUGGCACAUUUUUUAAAAAAAGUUAUUAUUUAUGUGUUAUAUUCUCAAUUCCUAGACUUUUUUUAAAAAAAAUUCCUUAAUCUCCCCCCUUCCCUUUUAAUUUUUAUGUUUGGACAUUGGAUGUCUGGAUUUCAGACUUUUUACUGUAUUUUUCAUAUUAUCUCCUGAUCUCUUUGAAUAUUAACUUAUUACCUCUGAAGUUUUUCAUUUUUUCCCAACGUCUUUUGUCAUAAUUGUUUUGUUUCUGUUUACUUUCUUUUUAAUUGAAGUGCAAACAUAUUUCCCUUUCUGUUUGUUUUUAUAUUUUAUUGCAAAAGAAGUAUAUCAGCAUUGAUAUUUAGACUAGAAGUAUUCUUUGUAAAUGCAUUUGAAUUCGCUACAACAAAAGUGUUGUAUGUUAAGCUCACAGUGGUAUUCAGAAGUACAAUUUUCCAUAUAUGUUUUUAAUUUUUUUUUUUUUUUUUUAAUCUAAAAUGUGUUAUUCCUCAAAUCUCCCAGCCCCGUUUCUGAUCGAGACAGCACCGAUUUAGCCUUUCGAUAGUGCAUUGUUACAAAAUGCACAUUUUUAGUAUAUUCCUAUUAAUUCAUUGACAUUAAUAAUUUCUGCAUCUAGUACUUUUAUGUUAAAGUUUGUUUUUCUAAUAUCUGAGUGUUCGGUUAAUUGAUGGGAAUUUGAUACUUGGAAGUUUUCCAGUAUAUAAUUAAAUAUCCUUCUCUUAAAAAGAAAGUGCUAAAAGUUUUGAUGUGCUGACUUGAGUUGAUGCUUAUAUUUUAUUGAAAAUUAUGGUGCUGUAUGCAUGCUCUGAUUCUAGACUUCGAGGAGGAACCUUGUGUUCAAGGUUUAAUGUUAUUCAGCAUUCAAGUCAUUACCAUCAAUGUUAGAAGCAUCUUCUACAUCAGAAAGGUACUUAAUAAUCUUUACAGCAAGUUUAAUGUUAUGUAAUGUAUGCUAAGUAAUCUAACAGAUGUUUCAUUUUUAUCUGAAUCUUGACCAAUCUGACCAACAUUUAAUACAAAUACGAAUGCAUUUAAUACAAAUUAUAUUAAAUAAAAUGAAGUUCUUUUGUUGAAACAGAAAUGUUCAGUUGUUAUAGCUUUAAUUAUCAAUUUGAAUAUGGGAAGAAUACUUAGACAAUUCAUUUCCUAAUGAUAAUAGUUUUGCCUCUCUGUCUUUUAAUACUCCUAAAUUAAAAUUGAGAUUAUAAGUCACAGUGUUACUUCAUUUGGUUUAAUUCGGAAAUGUACCUUUUUUUCUUAGUAGUGUUUCUGUUUUUAUAAAAUAGUUCUAUUUAUAACAGAAUUCAAAAUGCUCAAAAUAAUAGGCAUUUAUAUUUAUAUUAAGAUAUUGCUUUGUGUUUAUUAACAUUUGGCAAUUGGAUACUUAUUUUAUAUUGUUUGGUGGAAGGAUGGUGUAUGAAUUGUCAUUCUCUAAUUGAUGUUUAUGCUUAUUAUUAUUUUUAGCUGAAAUGUUUGUCAUAUUUUCUUUGUGUAGUAAAAUGUCUUUUUCCCCCAAGUAAGGAUAUUAUGUUCCUUUAUUUUAUUCUUGGAUAUUAAUUUUUUGGGGGCGAAGAUAUAUGUGUUGUGUUAUAUUAUGUGUAAAUAAUACUUAAUCUGUGAUAUAGCUGCAUUACUGCAGAUUUUUUUAAAAUAAAACUUAUGUUAUUUAUUAUAAAGGCUCAAAAGUUCUAGAAAAAAAAAUAUUUUUAAUGUAUAAUUUAACUCGCGUGUCUUCGAAAGAGUUAAUCACAUGUAACUGUAUUGGUUUGCCUUCUAGUUAUUAAAACUUCUGUAUGCUUACAUCAUAAAUAACCUAAUUUUGAAUGUAAGUUCUUUUUUUCUUAAAUGAGUGAAGUGGAACUUGACUGUGUAAUAAUAAUAUAUGUUCUUUUUUCAGUUGCAAAAUAUAAGCAUGUAAGAUAAUCAAAUGUUCAAUCUUUAAGUAGUGAGUGUUUUAGUUUUUACUUGGCAUUCUGUUUUUCUUCUUUUAGGAAUAGUAUGUGCUUUUGUUUCCAGGGGAAAUUUUUUUUUCCCCCCCAAAAUAAAAGCACAUACUACUUCUAAAUGAAUUUUUUUUAAAGAAUUUUAUUUUCUGUUACUCCAGGUAAAAUUCAUGCCAUAGAAAGGAAAUAUUGAAAUUUUGACUCACUUUCAACAUUUUCAUCACCUUGUGAAUAUUUAAGGAUAAUGCAACAAAUGCUAUCUCAUUACAUAAAAUUAAAUUAAUUAGGUUAUCCUUGUUUUCUAGAAUAAGUGAUUUUGAACUCAUUUUUUUUUUUUAAAUAUCUAGAAUAUUUUUCUCAUUGUACUCUUAUUGAACUUUAUAUGUUCUUCUAGCAUUAUAUUAGAGCUUUAGUGUCCUUUAAAAAUGAUAUUUUCUAUUUAUAAAUCAUAUGUCGUUAAUCUUUUUGUUGUAAAUUUGAAUGAUAUUAGAAUGCUCAGUAUUCUUACACUGUAGUCAUUCUUGUUGGAAUUUUCUCUGUAGUAAUGCUGUUUAUCUCGUCCUUUCCCAUUUGUAAGCAUAAGAGCACAGUUCUCCAUGAACAGUUGAUGUGUUGUAAAAAUAUCCAAGUGUAUAUUUGAAAUUAAGUUUCUUCAUGUGUGACUCUGGUUCUUCAAAGAAACAGGAAACUUUAAAGUUUGACUGUUUGUGUAUUAUAGACAUUCUAAAUUUGAUAGAUUAUAUUCAAUUUUUGUUUGCCUUCAUGCAUUAUUGUUGCAAAUGAAAGGCUAGCAAUUAAUGUUAUUCUUUUAUCAUGAUGACUGAUAAGACAGACUUUCCUUGCUAGAUGUUGCAAAUUUCUUUGCACAUGCAAUUUCACGAUGCAUUGUGUAAAAAAUUUAAAAAAUUCUGAAUGUCUUCUUUAUGUACUAUAAUCUCUUAGGAUAUAAUAUGUACAUUUAAAUAAUUUAUUCUGAUACUAAAAUGUGAUGAUAUAUUAUCAGCCACAUUUUUUUUUUUUUUUUUAAACCUGUGGAGAUUGUAGAAAUGAAUUGCUUUGCAAGUGAGGCUAUUAGUAUUGAUUGAGGCAAAAAUGAAUUUAAAAUGAGUGCAUUGUUUUUUGCAUUAUGUUUUCCUGAAUAUAAAUAAAUUGUUGGUAUAAAAGUAAGGAAUAUGUUUUUCUUAAUGUAAAGAGUGCUGCUAACAUAUAACAAUUAAUUUAGUAUUUGAAAUCGAUAUAAAUCAGUCAAAAAGGAGUAUUCUAAUUAAAAUACACUUGUCGAAGCAUGCAUAUAGUUUCAUUGAGACGAUCAUCCAAUUGUUUUUAUUUUACUUACUGCUUAACAAAUCUUUUCAAACUAACUGAAGCUGAAUUUCCAUUACUGUGAUAAUUAAUUAAGAAAUGUUUGUUCAAAGUCCCUACCUCUUUGCAUGUGGAAAAUGAUCAUAUAAAAUUAAUUUUGAAUUAUUUGUAAUUAUUGUUAAUGCAAAAGUUAUUCUGUGAUCUGUAUCUAAUGCAGUACUUUCCAACAGUGCUGUUCAAGAAAUAAUGUACAAAUAUAUUUUAAGUGUUUAGAAAAUCAUAAAAUUUCAUUUGAACUGCCAAAGCUACAAGAACAAAGUUUAACUAUUACUGUAAUGUGCAAUAGAACUGUAUAAAAAGAUCUAGUAAAGAUUGUAUUUUAUUUAACAGGAGGGAGUAGGGUAGUUGAAUGAAAAGAAAGGAAUUGCAUUGAUGCAAGUUUAUGUUUAUAGAACUGUGAUUUUUUGCAUCAUGCUGGGAUUAUUUCUGUUAUGCAGAAUCACUUAAAAUUCUUGCUAUAUGUUUUAUAAUUUCAAGGUUUGCAUAAAGCUCAGGUAUUAUGGCUUUUGUUUAUUUCAUAAAUAUAAACAAUUUGAGCACUGUAAAUUUUGUAGAUGGUGUAUUUUUGUUUGGAGAUGUCUUAAGCCAGUCUUAACCUGACUAUAAUAGUUAUCAUCAGUUAAACUACAGUAAAUAGAAGGAAUGCUUGUGAGUGCAGUAUGGGAGCAAAUUAAGAAAAAAGAAGAAAUUUUUUAAAAAAAUUUUAUUAUUAUUUAUUAUUAUUUUGCUACAUUAUAUAAAGGAAAGUAACUGUGUACUAAAAUCUUAAAGGUCAAGAAUUUGCAUUUGUUCUCAAUAGAAUCAGCUGAGUUUCAGUUAAUAAUGCUUGACAGAGUAAUGGAAACUCAUCUUUAAUACACAAUGUAAAUUUUAUGCCAAAAUCUUUGAAAAAUCAUUACUGAUGACAGUAAUCCAAAACUAAAUAUUAGUUUUGAAUAAGGUACGUGAUUAUCAAUAUCCAUAUUAAAAUUUUUGUUAACACUGUAGUAAUUUAUACAUAGAAAGAUUUAUAUCUGUAUAAUAAAUUAUUUUCUAAACUA